AUGACCAACAAUAUUAAAAAGCUAUCUGAAGAUGAAUCUUUACCUUUAGUUGAUCCAGUUGUUACCGAAACCAUUAACUCUGCCCUUAAUCAGCUACAUUUAGAUGAUUCUGAAGAUUCAACACCACCUACCCCAAAGCAAUUAAACGCUCUCAACAUGCCAUCAUCAUUGGGUACUCAAGCUGUACCAUCAACUGGUACUAUUGGUUCUGUGGCUGGACCAUUAGGCGAAAAUACUAUGGGAAAUGGACCACCUUCGCAAAUAUUUUCACCACUACCACCUCAACACUUCCAACAUCAAAUGUUAGGUAUGGGUUUUAUGCCUUAUUCCCAAAUGAUGCAUAUGCCACCAACUCCAGGUACUUUUUUUCCAUCUCCAGAUUUUACUGAUCCUUCAUUAAAUAUGAUUCCAAAUUCAAAUAAUACAGAAAAUAAUAGUCCAAACAUUUUUGCUAAAAUGGAUAACAAACUAAGCCCAACGAAUUUACCAUCCCAAUCAGUUUGGCCUCCAACUAUAGGGAGCAUUCACGAAGAUGGAUUGACGUCAGGUUCUGUCUCAUCUAUCAUUAAUGAUUCAAAUGGAAAUAAAAAAGCCCCAGGUGCUGCAACUAAUUCUUUUAGAAGACAAACGUUUCAUACUUUGCCAUCUGCUGAAUUGAUGGGAAUUUCUCAGGCUAAUGGUCAAUCUUCAAAUGACCAACUUUCUAUUCCAAAUCCCUCUACUAGAACACAAUCUAUCUCUUUUGAUAAAUCUGAUAGUACUUUCUUAUUCUCUGGAAGUGCUAGUGGAACAACUAAUCAAGCUUCUAAUGCUCCACCUGAUCAAUUGGCUCCUAAAGCAACUACUCUACUGAAUGACUCUAAAGAUGUUAAGGAAAAAGAAAAUUCUGCAGAUAUUUCAGUGCCAAAAGCAUACGCAGCUGCUUAUCCAUAUGGGGGACCUUUAUUACACCCCAAUCCAAUCUUAUCUAAUCCCCAUGAUUCAUCUUCAAACCCUCAUGGAUUCAAUGUAACCUCUCAAUAUCCAGGUGGUUAUGGUUUUAAUGGGCCAUUCCCAACAUUUUCACCAGUUAUGGGAGGGCCUCACCCUCCAAUUCAUGGUCCUACUCCAAUAUCAGUUUCAAAUACUUCACCACUGACUGCUUUACCUUCAAUUGUUGAUGGAUCCAAUGAAAAUAAAAAUAAACCUGCUGUAGUGACUUCUACAAAUCCUCAAUUAUUAGAUCCAGAGGGAAGAAUUAGUCCAUCUACUGUCCCAGUCUUGAAUCCAAUGCAAAUUGCUAAUCCGCAAGGAUCAUCUCCACCUCCUUGGUUAUACCAAGGCCAUUCUUUCAGCCCUAUGGUAGGUCAUCCUCAAGGUCCUCCUCCCCCGCCACAUAUGUUGAAUCAAAAUGGACAUCUUUUAAAUAGAAAUGGAAAAUUUUCAAUGCAUGAAGCUAAUCGUCAUAAUCCAAAAUAUCCAGUUCCAACUCAUGAAGGGCCAAAUGGCACUAAAAAUGAAAAAUACAGUAACUACACAAAUAAUAGUAAAAAUGGUAAAUAUUCUAACAACGGCAAAAACAAUUUUAAUAAUUAUCCUCACGGCUAUCGUAAAGUUGAAGAUAAUUCAUUUUAUGCUGAUGCAGAGUUAAGUCAAUUUAUUGGUAAUAUUUAUUCAAUUUGUACUGAUCAAUAUGGCUGUCGUUUCUUACAAAAACAAUUAGAUGUUCUUGGUAAAGAAGCUGCUGAUAUUAUUUUUAAUGAAACAAAGGAUCACACUGUAGAAUUAAUGACAGAUUCUUUUGGUAAUUAUUUGAUUCAGAAAUUGUUGGAAAGAAUUACUUUAGAGCAAAGAAUAAUCAUUGCAAAUAUUUCAUCACCUCACUUUGUUGAAAUUGCUUUAAAUCCUCAUGGUACAAGAGCAUUGCAAAAAUUGGUCGAAUGCACAGAAACAGACGAAGAAUCCAACAUUAUUGUUAAGUCAUUAACACCAUCAAUCUUAAUGCUAAGUAAAGAUUUAAAUGGUAAUCACGUAGUACAAAAAUGUUUACAAAAAAUGCCACCAAAGCAUUUCCAAUUUAUUUUUGAUGCAGCAUGUAAAGAUUUCAUUGAGAUUGCGACUCAUAGGCAUGGUUGUUGUGUUUUGCAACGUUGUUUAGAUCACGGUACUGAGGAACAACGCCAUUCCUUAUGCAAUAAGCUAUUAGAAAAUAUUGAUAUGCUCACUAUGGAUCCAUUUGGUAAUUAUGUUGUUCAGUAUGUUAUCACUAAGGAAUCUGACGAUAACAAAUAUGAUUUCACUUACAAGAUUGUCCAUCUAUUGAAACCAAAGGUUAUUGUUUUAUCUUUACACAAAUUUGGUUCUAAUGUUGUUGAAAAAUUAUUAAGAACUCCAAUUGUUUCUGAGACUGUUAUCUUGGAAUUGCUAAACAAGGAGAGUAAUCAAGAAAUCCAAACAUUAUUAAAUGAUAGUUACGGUAAUUAUGUUUUACAAACUGCACUGGCUAUUUCGUCGAACAAAAAUCCAUACUUGUAUAAAAAAUUGUCUGAUAUUGUUACUCCAUUACUUGUUGGACCUAUUAGAAAUACUCCUCACGGUAGAAGGAUUUUAAGCAAGCUUCCAUCAGGUGAGUAA